GCCAAGGCCCAUUGUCGUCCGCUUCUCUUCAACAGCAACCAUCUCUUGGUGACUCGGCCUUCCUUACCUCCUCCCUAAGAGGCUUCUACUAUUAUCAUCUUGUUGUCUUGUGUUCUGCCUGGCGCAUUACCCUCUUUCAUCACUAGACAACUAUUCCGGUUUUCAAGCGUUCUCUCCCGAGCUCAAGCCAACGACACCGUCUCCUCGACAUUUGACGCAAUACGAUUAUUCCCAAAAGAAAUCCUUACACGAGUCUACUCUCCUCACGGAUUCUUGAAGUUACUCGUCUGGAACGAAUAACCUCAGUUCGCAACCAUGCUCUUCGCACAAGCUCUCGUCGCCACUGGCGGCUUCGCCGUGCUUUCACAGGCUCAUAUGCUGAUGAACACUCCGAAGCCAUUCGCAUCCCCACACCUGCUGAAUGGACCUCUGGACCCAAGUGGCAACAACUUUCCUUGCCAGGCCGGCUCCGGGGCUGUCUACUCCGGUACUCCCAGCUCCAUGGCUUUGGGCUCGAAUCAGCCCUUGGCCUUCACUGGCUCGGCAGUCCACGGAGGAGGCUCGUGCCAGGUUUCCAUCACCUACGACACCAACCCAACCAAGGAAAGUGUGUGGAAGGUUAUCCACUCCAUUGAAGGUGGCUGCCCUGCGAAGAAUACUCCUGGAAACCUGCCUGAAAAUGCCAAUCUCGCUGAUCCAUUCGAUUAUUCUUUCCCCAUUCCCGACAAUAUCCCAACCGGCAACGCCACCAUUGCUUGGACCUGGUUCAACAGAGUUGGCAACCGCGAGUUUUAUAUGAACUGCGCGCCCGUCGUCCUCACUGGCAACGGCGGCUCUAAGUCCAACUGGGAGUCGCUGCCAAACAUGCUCGUGGCUAACAUCCCUUCCAUCAACACCUGCAAGACGGUGGAAAACCACGAUUACAAGUUCCCCAAUCCCGGAAAAUCAGUCGAUGUUUUCGGCUCGGACUUUGAUAAUGGUUUCACAGGAGACUGCGGGGGCUCUACCACUGGUGGUGGGUCCGGUGGUGGUUCCGGUGGUGGUUCCGGCGGUGGUUCCGGCGGUGGCUCUGGCGGUGGCUCUGGCGGUGGCUCUGGAUCGUCUCCUUCGCCAUCCACCACUGCUCCGGCUGCUCCUCCUACUAAUGCUCCUGGUGGAGGUGGAGGUGGAAUUUUCAUCACAGCCCCGGUUCCUGAUACUCCCACUACUUCUGCUCCUCCUCCUCCUGUUCAAACCGGCGGCGGCUCUUCCGGUGGUGGAUCCGGCUCUGGCUCUGGCUCUGGAUCUGGCUCUGGCUCUGGCUCUGGCUCUGGCUCUAGCUCUGGCUCUGGUGGCUCUGGCUCCGGUGGCUCGGGCAGCUCCGGUGCUGGAUCUGCUUGCAGCACUGAUGGCAUGUGGAACUGCGUUGAUGGAAAGUCAUACCAGCAGUGCGCUGCCGGCGUCUGGACGCCCGUCAUGCCACUUGCUGCUGGCACCGUUUGCGAUGUCGGCCAGUCUACCUCUCUUAACAUCAAGGCUGCCGGCAAGAAGAUGAGGCGCCUUGCCGUUCGUUUCAGGGGUUAAGACGUCAAACUCCAACACUCAUUCAACCAUAAACAACACUUUCUUUCUCUUCGUUCAUUACAAACUACUUUGGGAUCUUUCCUGGGGACUGUUGCAUUGGAUAAAGCAACACAUUAGCAAUACCCGGCGGCG